UUUCACCCUGUCCGGUUUGCGCUCCUAUGCGGUUGUGGCUGAGAGCGCGGGUCGGGUCUGUAUUGUGAGCGUUGUCUCGCGACAACUUAUCCCGGUUUAGUCGCGCGUUAUAUAAGCCGGGGCCACGGGAACGCGGAGACGAUCGUCUCGCGCCGCCACCCGGACCGGCCGACGCGGACGCUCUCGAGGCGACACGCACCGUGGCCGACGCCGAAGGGACGUGGCCGACCGACGCACCGCUGGAUCGCCGAUCUUCCGAAUCGCUUUUUCCUCGCCCCUUUCGUCGACAUAACCUCGACGACUCCUUUUAAGAUCGGUCAGCCAGUAACGACGGGUAGUGCUCAGUAGCGAGAGUGAGAUGGAAGCUGGAUUUUUAAACUUCCACGAUGAGGAACACUUUUCUGAUUUCUCGUUGUCUAUGGAUCAGCAAGGGGAGUUGAUGGAAUUAGUCCACGAUGACUUUGGAUACAUUGAUAAUCGCUUGGAUGUCUCGGCCACCUUGUGGGGCACGGAACAGGAGCUUAACGGCGACAUGGCUGUGCUUCCUGUAUCCGGUGUCGCCUCGGUUAUUCCAAAGAUUGAGAAUAUCAAAGAGGACUUCGCCAAGGUGCUGACAGACUGGCAAGAACACAUUGGUUACCUUCAGGCCUCGGAUAUGGAGGAGGACAUUGACGUUAAGGAUAUGGUGAGCUUGAAUAUGAACAUGCCGGAAAAAAUGUGUACAGACCUGCCAGAGAAUAUCUUUCAAGAUGAACCCGCUACACAUAUCUUAUCACGUACGAUAAAGAAAGAAGAAGAUUUCAACGAAACUACCUACGGUAUCAAACUCGAAUGCCAAUCUGGGUUUGAACAAACUAAAAAGAAAAUAGCUCGUGCUCAUCGUGUCCAAGCCGCCAAACCAUCAUCGGUUAAUCUACAAGAAGAUAAUAAGGAAAGCCUGAAGCAACUUGUACAGGAAGUGGAGCAAGCCCGUGAAGUGAAACAGUUACAAACAAUGCCUGAGAAUAGAAAAGCUCGGAGCAAACCUAGUAACAGUGAAGACAGCGAUCAGAAACCGUUGAAGAAGAGGAAAACUAUUAAGAUUAGUUGUAAGGUAGAAAAGGGAAAGCCUACCAGUUCCGCUGUAACUGUGGAUCGCAAUCCAGUUUUAGAAGCUGGAGAUGUAAAAAGUCUGUUGGAGCAGUUUGAAGCGUCCGAGGCUGCCACGUUAGAAAGUAGACGAGGGACUGUACAAAAAUGCAAGGCAGCUGGCAGCACGGGUCGAGGAUCAGCGACAGCUGUCUCGAAGAAACCUGCUGUAGAAACUCAGGACGACACUUUGCAUCAAAACAUUCGAGAUUCCCUGCCACAGGAGGUCAUCGACAGGAUAAAGGCUUCCGGACGGAAGAAAGUGAUUUCGGUGGUGCCUGCUGUGCUCGGCACAAAAGGGAGUAACAGUCGCAGCAAUGGAACUCGAAUGCAAGAUGCUGGUUCGACUCUGUCAAGGAAUAAGCUCUUGAAGAUCGUGACGAAUGGUUCCAGUACCAGUGGAAGGAUCGAUGGAUCGGUCCAACUCGACCAUGAUUAUUGCAGUAGUGCCAGUUCCAUGUUAAGCACUCCGGAUACCAACAGCGAAUAUGACAGACAGACGAAUGCCAUUGAAAAGGUCUCUUCGAUUAAAGAGGAGACUCCUCGAAGACCAGAAUACUACAUGAUGUGCUCGAAGAAUGCAGACAACGUUCGCGUCACUACGCAGAAGAAUACUGCGAAACAAGGAGAGAGAUGGACCGACAGCAGCUCAAGAAAAGACAGCGGUCUGGAGUCUGGUGAUGUAAGCGAUGCCAGCGAAGAGCAAUCUUCCAGUUCCCAGAGCACAGUCGACUCGAAGAGUGGCACUUCCUCGAUAGACCGUAGCAAAGAAUUGCCGAAGGAGAGUGCUUCGAAGCAGAUUGCUCCGAAGCCUUCAAAUCCCACUACUUCCUCGGUUUCUGGAAACAAGGAAGUUAUUGAAAGUAAACCUGCGAACAAGCCUGUUUAUGAAAUGAAGAUUCGCUCAGCUUUGGCGACCAGCAUUUUACAGCUGCGAAAGGGAGUGCUUACCAAGACAAAACCGGUGGAUGGAAAGGGCCACAAGUUCAAGCAGAUGGUUUCGGUGCUGAAGAAACCACUUCAGCAGUUGCCGAUGGCCACUAGCAAUCCAAAUGAGAGCAUCGUAACGACGACUAAUAGUUUCAACGACCAGGUGCAAAAUAUAAUACAGAAUGUCAGAAUCGAUGAGCCUUCCACUGAGGAGUCGAAGAAACCUGCCCGAAGGAAAUUGAACCUGGCUGAGUAUAGGAGUAGACGAGAGCUGAACCGGAGUGACAGCAGUAGGACCAACUCUCCGGUGCAGCCGAUGUCUUUGAUAUACAUUCACCAUGUGUCGACCACUACUGAACCGAUCAAGGAUGAUCCUGAGAAUCCAAUCUGGUCGGAACGAGAGAUCGUAUCUGUUCUGAAGUCUAAGGCUGAGAUUGAAGAUGAAAAGCUGCGUCCUAAGCCCUCCACUCGAGAAGUCGCCAUUCAGACUAAUGAAACUGUCUUCGAGUGUCCUGUCAGGAUCGACGAAGAAACCAGUGUGGAGGAGAACACCGAACAAAGGGUGAAUCGGCUGAGUGAUAGGAAGCAACGACAGUACAGACCACGUAGAAUCACCACCAGCUCCAGUCGUUCCAGGUCACGAAGCCGGAGCAGCAGAAGUAGAAGUAGAAGUAGAAAUCGAAGCAGGAGCCAGAGCAGAAGUCGAAGCAGGAGUAGGAGCAGGAGUAGAUCCCGCAGGCACAGCAAUACACGUCGUAGGAGAAUGAGUCAUCGUCGCAGUUCCGUCAGCUCGAACAGCAGCUGGUCGUCCCGUUCGCGAUCACACAGAUCUACUUCCAGUUCCAGAUUCAGGUCGUCGAGGUCGCGAUCCGUAUCUUCCAGAUCGGGAUCCAGAUCCUCGUCGCGAUACUCGAGCUGCUCUAGGUCCUCUUCAAGGUCGAAUUUCGGAAGGCGUAAGAGGUCGCGUCAACAGUCGAGGGGAAGCCGCGAACGAAGGAGUUACAGUAGGAACACGAGGCGCUCCUCCGGGAGCGGUUACAGAUACGGAGACUGGAGGAGGUCGCCACCUACGGCUUACAGGAGACCCUACGACACUUGGUACGACAGGGAGAAACAGAGACAAGUCGAGGAGCGAAGAGUCAUUUAUGUUGGUCGCCUCGAUGAGGGAAUCACCAAGGCUGACCUCCGAAGGAGAUUCGAGGUCUUCGGACCCGUCGUCGACAUCAGCGUCCACUUUCGGGAGCAUGGCGACAAUUAUGGCUUUGUCACGUUCGCGUACAAAAACGACGCUUACGAGGCGGUAGAACACGGCAACGACGAUCCUUCCCAACCGAGAUACGACCUCUGCUUCGGUGGACGCCGAGCAUUCUGCAAAGUGAAAUACGCCGACCUCGAUGGGUUGGCGAGCAACUCGCUAGGUGGCAGCAGCAGGGGCAUGCUCAAGGCCGAAGAGGAGAACACUUUCGACUUAUUGUUAAAGGAGGCUCAGGCUAAAUUGCGCAAACGAAAGGCGAGCGCUUUUGCUAACGCCCAGAGGCUUUACGCUAAGGUUUGACGAUUAUCCUGGCGGUAGACCUGGGGGAAGGUCUCGAGAUUUUUCCGGGCUUUCGAACGCUGAGGAUGUUGAAUUCGGCUCGAUUCCCGAUAGCGAUGGAAUUGAGGAGGAUUUGAGGCGAGAAGUUGAAGGCUGACGGAGUCGUAGUUAAAUUAGAUAUCGUCAAUGGUGAUGCGACCCUUUUAGGGCUCGUUAAUUCCUUUCUCGUGUUAACGCGCAUCCUGAUUGCGCGCGUCUACACGCAUACCGUCGUCGAUCCUAGAUACGAAUCCCUAGAUAGGAUUUUUCCAACAUUAACCGUAUGUAUGUUUAUAUUAUGCUCCGACAUGGACAGGGAACGAGGGAGAAAUUACCACAAAAUCGAGAUAUGCGACUAAGUUAAUGUCCUUUUAGUUAGUUCCACGUGCGUGUGUGGCGCUGAUCAGGGUUGGAUAAUUUCCCCCUUUUUUCGCCGUGUAUUACGCAAACCCACGUAGUUUACCGUAGAAAAUCCUAGAAAAACUGUAAAUUACGUUUCCAAUGCGAAGGAUAUAUGUCGCGGGUGUGCGGUAUAUGUGUCCGCUAGGUUAUGAACGUCUUUUUUUUUUUUUUUAGCGCAUGCGUAAAGACGUUACGAUUUUGAAGGGAUAAUUAAUCUGCCGCUUGUCUAAAUUCUAUCGACUUAGCCCGGUUUAAUGUCGCACCUCUAAUUGGAUUUAUUAUUUUCCAUUUAUAUGUAAAGGGUGCAAUAUACUUUGCGCUCGCUUAAAAAACUUGGAUAACGUAUUAUACGUUGUAAUAUACGCGGAGGAAACCGCGUAUAUAGGUCAGUGUAUGAUAUAUGCUGUCAAGAAUGGUGCGACUCUAGAUCCGUAAAUCGUAAUUUUUUUCUUUCUUUCUUUCUUGCGAACAAACGACAGUCAUUGACACUGAAUGGAUGUGCGCUUUCGAGUAUCAUCCAUACAUGUAUGUUUAUGCAUUUUGAUGUGAGAUCGGAGUGAGGGAGAAAAUGGUAAUGUUAAAUUUUUGAGUACGCAGCGGAGGACUUUGGUACUGAAAAGAAAAAUAUUUCUGAAUUUAUUAGUGUACUAAUGAUACGUGGAAUAUAUUCCGUAUGCUUGUAUGAGUAUUAUGUCAAGAGUGGUGCUACUCUAGAUCCAUAAAUCGUUUUUUUUUUUUUCCCUUAUUUUGCGCUCAUGUGAACGUUUCAUUACGGGGAGAAUAUGCGUUUUUGAGGAUAAAUGAGAAAUUAAUAUGGAAUUUACGGGAUAGAAAGGAGUAAGUUAAUACAUUGAACAUGUUCCAUAUGCGUGUAUGGAUAUGCUGUCAAAGAUGACACGACCUGAUUCUUUUUUUUCUUUUUUUUUAUGCUCACGUUCUCACGAGAUUGUCAUUAACAUAUACUCAUUGAUUAGGGUAAGUCGACGGUUUUUCGUCAGGAAUCGUGGCUAAUUUUCCUCGCAUAAUCCGUAUCUUUAUACUUACUCGCCGAAAAGAUACUCGGGACUGUUCGCCUAUACGUACCACGUGUACGUAUAUUAGCGAUUUGGUGCGAAACUCAACCGAGAUUUUUUUUGCAUGCUCCUAUAUGAGACUGACAAACUUGACUGGGUAAAUAAUUGGAAUAUGUUCCACAUACGUGUAUGGAUGUGCUUCGAUGCAAUUAGAUUUUUUGGCAAGGGUGAUUAGGAGAAGAAGAAAAAUAGGAAACUGAGAAAAAGCAGGAAACGACCUCGAUUCCGUAUUUUUGUUUUUUUUUUUUUAAUUUUUUUAUUCACGUGGGAAUAUCUUCCCUUUUUGAGGACUUAGCUAACGAUGUGGCCGACGUUUUAUCUCACUGAGAUUUUGAUUCUUAUGCGACUUAACACUGAACAGGAGGGAUAUCUUUGAGGGAAGGUUUAUUAUCCACCUUGAGAAUAAUAAGGAAGUAAUUUAUUUAGGUCUUUAUUACGCUUAAAUAUUGCGUUACUGAUUGUACUGAGUUUUGGGCACGCAGACUCUUUCCUGUUCGAUGGGAGUUUUAGAGUGUAUUCCGGAGUAGUUUGAGCAGAAAGUGGGAAAAAGUGAUUACGAGGCAAUGGCUGCGGAGCCUGAAUGUAUUUUCUUGAUUUAUCAGAGACACGAUGCAAUGUCUUCGGUGGGUGGCAAUUUUGAAAAGUGGUGCGAAGGGGUUACGAAGGAAUCACAGUUGCUUCGAUGAGGAUUACUGCGAUUAAUAUGUGGCAGAGCUAAUUUUCAUUUUCAGGCAGUACCCUGGUUGGAUUCAUCGAUUCUCUUCGCAUGGGAAUCAAGAUUGAGGAGAAAAGUUGAAAGAAAGAGGGGGAAAAUUCGAGCGUUUCGAUGUCAUUUCGGUUAUUCGAGUAAUUAACA